CAUCAUAGUGUUGCUGACUACUAUUCUGGGUGCCAACACUGGGUCAACAUCUACUACACCGGGGAUAAGAAUGACUGCAGUUCGGAAACGUGCAAGACAAGUCAACACCACAAGCAUAAGACCGCCAGAAACUGUGGUUGUCCGACCAUUCGCUGGGAUAAUCAGAAACGUCAGAAUUUGUUCCGAACGAAAUGUCCGACGUGCUCUGAAGGACGAUGA